UUAAUCGAGACACGUGGAUAUUUUAUAACCUACAUGGGAACCGGCUUCUUUUGGUAUCCUGCACUCCUCCUUGCGGAACUGGUUCAAACAUUCAUCUUGGCUGAUUUCUGUUACUAUUAUGUCAAAAGCUCCAUGUUUGGCCAACUGCUGCCAAGGUUGCCUUCUGCUGCAUAACCUGAAGCCACAAACUAGCUUAUAUGAUGCCUGACAACUAGCGUGCACUGGCAGUCAUUUGUUCACUGCCACUAGCAUCAUGUCUCAUUAAAUCACACUGACUGAAUUCUUGCAUUUAAUUUACAAAAUGUUUUAAGGUACUAUAUGUGCUAUGAUUUGUAUGUGUCUUGCUUUUGUAACAUUGUAAGAGGGCUUUAGUGUCCUUAAGUCUAUUUGAAAUUGCUGUUGGUAUUAGAGCUUUUAGAGAUGUUAGAAGUAGAGUUUUUGAAAGAUAGCUUUGGGAAGUAGAGUCUUUAUAAUAAGAUAUUUGCUGUUUGG